UGUUUAAAGGCUCAUUUUGUGGAUUGCUUUUGGAAUAGAGCGAUGAAGACCUUAAUUGUGUUGGUGUGGAUGGCUAACAUAUGUUCUUGUAUCUCAAUACAGAAGCUGAGAAAAGCUCGUCAACUGGGCUGGGGAUGGACGUUGGGAGAUGACUAUGAUUACUAUCAACCUGUCAUUAAUCUAGAUCCCCCUGGAAAUGUUGCACCCGCUCCAAAUCCUGAACCCGCUCCAAAACCUGCACCGGUUCCAAAACCUGCUCCAAAACCUGCACCAGUUCCAAAACCUGCACCCGCUCCAAAUCCUGCACCUGCUCCAAAUCCUGCACCUGCUCCAAAACCUGACCCUGUCCCAAAUCCAGACCCUGUCCCAAAUACUGAUUACCUCACUCCUGCAUUUCAAAUCCUGAACUUGCUCCUGUCCCUAUCCCAGAUUGCCUCAAACCAGGACACUUCAAAUCCUGCACCUGCUCCUGCUCCUGCACCUGUCCCAGAUCCCCGACCCAGACCUGUCCCCCUCCCUGCAACCGCCCCACCACCUCUUUUCCUCUUCCCUAACGGGGAUGGAGAGUCGGGUCAGGCUUUUCUCUUGCCUCCUAAUGCUGGUCAGGGUGGUCAGAGUGUUUUCCUAUUCCCCCCUGGUUUUCAGUCUUACUUCCCUGAAACAGACCAAGAACCGGCACCCGGGCCAGAGCCCGAGCCCAGACCGAGACCCGGGCCCGGGCCACAACCGAGUAGACCGCCCUCCAUCAAGCCCGGCUCACAACCGAAUCCUCCAGAUGGGAAUCGACCUCCUUUCAUCAUCUUCCCUGGCAUUGUGUUUCCGGCUUUGGAAGAUGGAUCUGACAUCGAUAUGGCCUAUUUUCUGAAACAGUUGUUUGGAAGCAUCAGUGAGAACCCUGAUCAGUUUGUCAGUUACAUGAAUGCACAAAACACCAAAGAAUGACCAGUGCUUUGUUGUGUUGUGAUCUGAUGGCUUCAUCUGCAUUCCUGUUAUAUUCUGGUUAUUUUGAAAGUUUUGU